AAUCGAUGUGAGCAGGGAUGGUUUUCGUUCGCAGAAUAUCGAAUUGUGUUUCAGGUUUGAAAUUUGAUUACAGCUGAACUUAUAGCAAACAUGACACUUGAAGCAAAAACUCUUUCUUCAACGGAUUUUGUGUACUGGUCCUCUUUGAUUUCUGGUGGAGUUGCGGGGUUAGUGGUAGACAUUGUGCUAUUUCCAAUCGACACAAUCAAAACACGUCUUCAAAGCGAACGCGGUUUUAUCCGCUCCGGUGGAUUUCGUGGUAUAUAUAAAGGGUUGGCACCUGCAGCGGCUGGUAGUGCACCGACAGCUGCACUGUUUUUUUGCACUUACGAUGGUCUAAAAUCUCACCUUGGCCAGUUUGCUACAAAAACCCAGCAACCGUACGUACACAUGAUUUCUGCUGCCAGUGCCGAGAUCGUUGCUUGUCUUGUUCGUGUUCCGGUGGAGAUUGCGAAACAACGUAGACAAGCGCUGUCGUUAAAGUAUAACACAUCUUCAUUGGAAAUUUGGUUACAUGCGUUGAAAAGUGAGGGUAUUCGUCGUGGAUUGUAUCGCGGGUUCGGCACAACAAUUAUGCGUGAGGUUCCAUUCUCCUUCAUUCAGUUCCCUCUUUGGGAAUACUUCAAACAAAAUUGGACAAUGGUGACUGGGACCACAUUGACACCUGUGUCAGUUGCUAUAUGUGGGGCAGUCGCUGGUGGAAUAGCAGCCGGAUUAACCACUCCACUAGAUGUGGCAAAAACUAGAAUCAUGCUAGCCGAUGAGAUUGCAACAAAGACAAGUGUCUACCGAAUUCUGCGCGGAAUUUAUCAAGAUCGAGGAAUUAAAGGAAUUUUUGCUGGUUUUGUGCCUCGCGUGUUAUGGAUUACACUUGGUGGUGCCAUAUUUUUUGGUUUCUAUGAUCUGACCACACGAUUAUUGAAUUCGGACGAAUAAAAAUAGUAAAAACGAUGGAAUAAUUAGGACUUACUUUUUACUGAAGCCAAAGUGUUUUAAAUAUAACAAGAAUAGUGAUCAAAAUAUUGAUCGGAAAAUAUUAAUAAAUCUAUAACAAAUAAGUAUUACUUUUUGGUGUAUGCUUGACUGGAAUGCGAAUACAUAGAUUUUUUUUAAUGCUAGCGCUAAAUGCACAAACUUAACAAGGGUAUGGCAAAACGGAAGAAUAAAUUAUUCCUACAAGCUUUUAGGUGUACAACUCAGUGUUA